UUAAACUUGGAUUAUGAAAGGCGGCACGUGUGGUGUAAAUAAACCGUAACAGCUGACAUGCAGAUAACGGUAAACUAGUAUAAUGUUAGCAGCGGUGAAACUGGUGACCAAGAGACUGUUUACAAAACAUUUAUUAGCGACAAACAUUGCCACUAGCGGCGUCUUUUUAGCUAUUGGUGAUAUUGUUUGUCAAAAAAUUGAAAAAAUAUAUAAAUCUGACCACAAGAAGCAUGACUGGAGAAGAACAGGACGUAUGUUUGCUGUUGGCCUGGUACUGGGUCCGGCCAACCACUACUGGUAUUCAAUGCUGGACAGGUUUCUCUCUGGAACAGCCAGGCGGACCAUUAUGAAGAAGAUAGCGGCUGACCAGCUAGUUGCAGCACCCUUCAUGGGAACCACAUUUCUUUUUGCUAUGGGACUUUUGGAAGGUUCAUCUUUUGAGAAAAGCGCAGCUGAAUGGAAGGAGAAGUUCCCACUGAUAUAUUUAUUUGACUGGGUGUUGUGGCCUCCUGCCCAGUUCAUCAACUUCACCUACUUGCCAACAAAGUACCGUGUGCUGUAUGUUUCUUUUAUAACACUGCUGUGGGACAUCAUGUUGUCGUUCAUCAAACACCGGGAACCUACACAUGAAGUCACAGAAGUGCAUGUAUCUGAAGUGAGAUGAUCCUAAAUUACACUAUAUUUAUGUAGAUAAGAAUGCAACUUUUAACACAAUGGAACUACUUUAGCAGCUCCCUGUAUUUGUUUCUGUGUGAAUGUGUGAACAGUGUUGAUGAACUAGAUUGGCCGAUUUUGGCUGUUGUUCAUUUUAUGUUAAAUUUUAUAUAUACUCAUGAAGCCACUUGAUGUGAUGAUAUGUAUGUUAUUAACACACCAUUAACAGCACAAUAUAUUACUCAUCUGGGUAUAAUAUACAGGUACAUAUGAGCCAGACCUUGACAGGAAAAACAAUUUAAAGGAGUAAUUAAAUGAUCACCUAACUUAGAUUAUGAAGAGCCAUUUAAACUAUUACCUUAUUGGAGCAUUGACAUUUAUUUGUUUUGUAGUACUAUUUUUGUGUGUAUUAAAAGUCACAUGCUAAGGGGAGGUAAAAAUGACUCUUCUUGUGUUAAUCUCAGGUAGUGAUGGGCAGAGAGAAGGAAGGAAUGAAAUGUUUUAUUUAAGGACGCAUCAACACAUUUUAUUUAUGGUUAUAUGGUGUCAGAUAUAUGGUUAAGGACCACACAGAUAUCAAGAUAGAAAACCUGCUGUUGCCACGUCUUUGGCUACUCUUUUCAAUUAGCAGCAAGGGAUCUUUUAUACAUGAAUGUUUAUUAAAUUAAUGUACUAUCAUCUGUGAGUAAGACAAUACAUGAUAGUUUAGUCAGUUCUUAAAGUCAUAUACCCUAGUUUUAGAAAAUGUGUUUGAAGCUUCUACAAAACAUUAGAAUGUAGGGAAACAUUAGAUUUGCCCAAAAUUGUUCAUUUAAGCAAGACGUUACAAGGAAUAUGUAAUUAUAAAGCUGUAGAAAUACUUUACACAAUGUAGCCCAGUAUGUAUUAAUUGCUAACAAUGGCCAGUACUGUAACAGGAAAAUCAAAUGCAUCAAAGAAAGAAAGAAAAAAAGUUUGUACUGUUCAACAACACCACUCUAGUAUAUUGAUUUAAUCAUCAGCUAUUGGAUGUCAAACAUUUGGUAAUUUUGACAUAUAGUCUUAGAGAGGAA